UGAUUCACACAUGUUAAAUGAUUUUGGUGAUGAUGACGUUGACACGAUUGUGGAUUAUUUACACAAAUGUUUCAACAUUCGAUCUACAAGUACAAUGAAAGAAAAUACUUAUGUAGGUAGGUCUAGGUGUUCAGCUUCUUAAUUUUUUGUGGAAUUGAAAUAACGUAGUCUGUCUAAUUUUUCAAUUCGUUCAGUUUCUUUCAAGUUAACAUCGAUCGUACGAAUUUUGCGACAUGAAGAAAACCAUGAACUGGAAUCGGGGCAUCCUAUCUUGGAUUUUUGUAAUCGUAACCGUCAGUUCAAUCAAUUCGAUUUUAGCCUUAGGUGAACCUGUAGGCGUUAUUGAUUGGUCAAACGGAGACUUUACUCUAGCACACAAUGCGAGAUUCGACGACAAAAAAGAGAUCUUCGUGGCACUGGCUCCUCGAGGACGAAAAAUAUUACAGCUUUGCUCAAUAAAUGACGAUCCUGGAGGCUAUAAAAUCAUGAAAACUCAACUAAACGAAGCUGUUGUCGAUCCGGAAUUAUGCGAGAAGCCUUUUGUGUGGCAUAUUUUUCAAUCUGGUGCUGUCUUCAAUAUUGGACUUGCGAUUCACACACCGGGUAUAAAAUCAAAUCAGAAGCCUAAAUAUCAUCAUAUAGACGACGAUUUUAAAGUACUCGGACUGAUCGGUUUCGUAUUUGAUGAAUCGAGGGGGCGAACUGAGCUCGUAUGGUAUACUCUGACUCCAGGUUCCCUUCUACAUGCUGAGAUAAGCAAGGAGAGCAGAGAGUCAGUAGAAGAAUUCGACAAGAGCAUCAAUUUUCAUGGGUAUGAUGUCGAUAAAAUAUAUUCUCAGGAUUCGUAUCCAUUUGUCAAAGUCCCCUUGGCUCCCAAACAAGAUUUCCUCUUCAUUAAUUAUAGAGGUGCUUCACAAACCAAUGUUCUCACUGCUCCAAUGUGGCAGGAGCUCUACGACCAAUGGCAAACUUUGGAAAUAUUUACGCGAAGAGUAGCUCAGGUACUCAAUUCUUUAUUCAUAAAAGUAGGAAUUCACGGAGAGAUCAUGCAAAUUGAGCCGAGUACAGGUACCAAAAAAUCUUCGCCAUUGUUCCUGAAUUCAACGGAAGGCAAAUAUUCCAUACCAAAGUAUUUCUACAGAGCAAUCACUUAUAAAUUUUUCAUCAAAAAAGAACAGGAGGAAGUAAAAGCGAUACAGAUGGAAGAAGAAGAAAAAAACAUGAAAAUGGAGCAAGAGCAAGAUAUAGAGAUGGCCGAGGAAGAGGGAUCUGAAAAGAAAAAACACGAGGGAGAGAAAAGCAAAGAGAAAGAAUACAUCGAGUACAGAUACGGAAUCGUAAUCGUAAUGCACAACAUGAGAAAAAAUCCCAACAGUGAAUGGGAUUUUGAAAAUAUCUGCCCCGACGAUGAGGCUGAAAUUGCAAAAACAGGUUGGAUGAGAUUUUUGCCUGCUGAUGGAUUAAAGACCCCGAUGUACGGUUGCUUGUACAAUAAAAAAAAUAUGGAACGAUUUCAUAGAAAGCUCGGUGAUGAUUUUCAAGUUUUCAAUUUGAAUGAUCUGCCCACAUUGGCUGUGGACCCAGUGACUGGUAAAGGAAUGAUUACAAAUAAAAAUAUUCUGGAGGAAAUGAAAAGAUGGGAAGAAGCUAGUGAAAAUAAUACAUCGGUUCAAAGUAAUAAUAACGAUGAGACUUCGAUGCAACUUUCGCGAGAAACCAUCGAAGAAGAUUUGAAUCGACCAACACCUCCUCAGUAUUUUGAAAAAGAUCAGCUUCCUCGCUCACCUCCUGAGAUUUCUGAAGGAGAUCGACGAGAGGAGAAGAGGAGAAGACAUGAUACAGAUGCGAAUGCCAGUUCAAGUUCCUGAUUUGUUUCAAAGUGAAUGAUCCAUUCCUUAUUUCCUUCCUUAGAUAUGCAUACAUUUUUUUGCAAAAUCCUACCUACGAAUAAAUGUCUAUUUUCCUAAGCUAAGUAAAAUCUAACCUUACAUUGCAAUCUGCCAUGAAUCUGUUUAAUCCAAAACAAAUAAAUCUUGAA